AUGUUUCUGAUCUUGUUAGUGCAACUUAUUGUCGUUUAUCAACUUUCAACAGCAUUUCCAACUAGUUUUGGCCAAUAUGAUAUAGUAGCAAAAGAAAAUGAUGAUAAAACGACAAGAUUUUUUAUUGUUGGCGAUUGGGGUGGUUUACCAGUUUCACCAUUUGAUACUCCAUCAGAAGUUGCUGUAGCUGAUGCAAUGGGUAAACUAGGUGUAAAAUUAAAUACAACUUUCCAGUUAGCAUUAGGUGAUAAUUUUUAUUAUGAUGGUGUCCAAACAGUCAAUGAUUCAAGAUUUCAAACGACUUUUGAACAUGUAUUUUCAGCAACUUCAUUACAAACUCCUUGGUAUGUUUUAGCUGGUAAUCAUGAUCAUGGAGGAAAUGUUUCUGCAGAAAUUGAAUAUGGUAAAACAUCAAAACGAUGGAUAUUUCCUGAUUAUUUUUAUUCAUUUUCUUUAUGGCAAAGUGAUAAACAAAAGAAAAUAAUUGAUUUCAUCAUGAUUGAUACUGUUAUACUUUGCGGUGGAGAUACUUUAUCAGAUUGGGAUCAUAAACCAUUAGAAGGUCCUUCAAAUAAACAUGUUUCUGAAGCCUAUUGGCAAUGGAUUGAAGGACAACUUCGUCAAUCAACAGCUCCUUAUUUGCUUGUUAACGGUCAUUUUCCAGUAUAUUCAGUUGCUGAACAUGGUCCAACAAAAUGUCUUGUUGAUCGUCUUCGUCCAAUGCUUCACCAAUAUCAUGCUACAGCAUAUAUCUGUGGACAUGAUCAUAAUCUUCAACAUUUGACAAAUGAUAUGAAUGGUGUACAUAUGAAUUAUUUUGUUGUUGGUGCAGCUAAUUUUAUUGAUCCAAGUCAGGAGCAUGCGAAAGAUGUACCAGUUGAUGCACUUAAAUUUUUCUGGGCAGGCUCACCAGUUUAUGGUGGUUUCGGUUUAGCUGAAGUCAAUAAUACACAUUUGAGCUUAUCUUUUAUUGAUCAUGCCGAACAAACAUUAUAUCAAACAGUUAUGACACCUCGAUCAUAA